CAACUUGAUUUCGAUGUAAUUUCGGCUGGAUUCGUUAUGAAUGCGAUAUCGUUGACAAAAAAUACUUGUCCAUCAACGCAAUAAGGUCUCGUCGAGCACAAGUCGUUAUGUUGUUAUUUAUACCUCGCGAAAUGUUCCAUCGACAUCCUCGAUGGAGGAAGAAUACCGGCGAGAAAUACGAGCAAUAUUUUUAAUUAAUUGAGAAUCGAUUCCGCCGAUAUUUUUUACGGGCCCCUGAUGUGAUUUAUAAACACUGCAAUGUGGGAGAGAAGUUUCCGUACUCCAUAAAAAAUUUACGGCCGUCAAGUAGCGUAUCUGAGUCGCGCGAAAAUGCGAUAUCUGCGGCUUAUAUCAGCCGUAAAAAAAUUGUUUUUCUUAUGUCCUUAACUAUCGCGCUAGUUAUAAAAUCAGGAUAAAGGCCGAACCCUCGAGCAAUCUGGAGAUCGAGGGCAGGGAGGAGAGAAUUUCGCGAGGAUUCCCCCAAAGAACCGCCGGCUGAGACAAUCUUUUGUGCCGCUUGAGUGUUUCCCGCCGGUGGUCCCGCUCGCAAAAGUUUGAGAUCGAGAGGUUCGUUCCAGUUUACAUCCUACUCUCCGACUCUCUCAGAGAUGCUAGAGAAAAACGCACCAAGUGGUCUCUAGUUGCGCGCGCGCGCGAAGCUCUUCCUCCCUAUCCCUCUUGUGUCUUAUAACAACCGGGACUUAUAUUCGCAGGAGAGUCGUCCCGCGGGCGAUCGCGACGCGAUGAUCCCUAUCGAAAAAUCGAUUUCUUAUCGGCCUCGUGUGAAAUAUAUAAUCUGCCGCGACUGGCGCGACGUAAAGUGGAAAUCGCGCCGCGACGUUGUUGGCACGUCAAAGUUCUUUCGCGUCCGAACGACAGCGCGUCGAGAACAAAUCUGCUCCCAAAAAUUUGCCCUCUCGAGAGGUGAUGUCUCUCGUUUAUCAUUCGAACGCGAGCGCAUCCUGGUGGCGGCCCUGGUUCUGGAGAACCGAUUCUGGUAGAUGCGAUUCCGAGUGAAGAAAGUUCCGACGUAAACACGUCGCUUCGGGGCACUGUGUACCUCGAAUAUUUUGUUUCAGUUUUUGCCUCGUCACUUGACCGAAUCUGUUAUCCCCCGGGUAAUUUCAAACAAUAGGCACGGUCUAACGUACAACCGAGACCUUCGCGGACAACACAGGCGUGUACACAAAAACGUUUGUAUCGGUAUGCCGUCGAGCAGUUUAUUCUGUCAGCUCAGCGCGGAAGGACGCGUAGAGCGCCACGUAAGCCGGCUGUGUGUGAGAUACUCGAAGCAACUUUUACGGUUGUCACCGACAAUUGUCGUCGUGCUUACGGAGAAUCUUCGCGAAUCUGUCGUUUGUGAUGACACUUGAGCUUGUCGCGUACAAGUAACGCGCGGUCUUCAUCGAACGGUAAUUCAUCGAGGAAACAUUUAUUGCACGAAUAUGUGCUUAUAACGGAUCUUCGGCUCCACCAUGGCGCGUAAUGAUAUCGCCUUUAUUAACGCGCGCGAUCGUGAUUAACCGCUACUUCUCCGGUCGAGGCUCGAAGUAUCCGAAGAAACAUUAACGGUGUGAUAUAGUGAGACAGUGUGACAGUGUGACCGUGAAAGGACACAGGACUUAAUUCCAUAACUUCAGGGGGCCCAACGAGAGAGCGACGAGAACGAGGACGCAGCAGUGAGGAUGCUACAGCGAAUAUGCAACGGCAGUGCAACGUUUGACGCCAUCAUCAAGGACCAAGGACAACCUGAGUACGAUUACAACAAAGGACGCUUCGCCCAGCUGCAGAGGCUAGUAAAGAAUAAGUUGAACUGUUGCUUACUCAUCGAGGACGACGUUUCGUCCAGAUCGCACCAACCACGAAAUCCCGAUCGCCGCCGGGAACAGAAGCCAUUCAACGGAGUCUGCGUAUUGCCAAACAUGCCGGAUGUGGACGCUUUGAUAGAAGAGUUCGAGGCGAAUUACACGGACGGUUCGCCAACGGCCGAGCAGAAGAGCGCGAUGGCCGUCUCAAGAGCCGGGGGUAUAUUAGUGAAGAGAAUCGUUGAGAUCUACGAGACGAGAAACGGAAAAACUGACCCGUGGCCGCUGGACGGUCGACAAGCUGACGCGGAAGCGACCGUCGAGGAGAAUAUACGGAUGUCGAAGGAGAGCAGAAGCCGUCUCUUCGGCAUCGUGCCGACAUCGAAGAAAACGGAACAGACGCGAGACUAUGCGGAAAGGCGCGAACUCGCUGACGCGACGGCUACGACGAUGACGUUGGACUCUGAUUCUCGCCGAAUUGGCGCGCAAGUUGAGAAAGAAGACGACAAGGACAAUAACAACAACGAGACCGAGGAAAAUAACGAUCCGAACGACACUGAGGAAAAGUCGGAGUUGACCGCAAUUUUUGUCGAGCUCCACGUUGAUUCGUCUUCCCCGCAGAAGGAAAAGAAACAGACAAAGGGAAAGGACAAGGGGAAAAGUUCGAGGAGCUUGCGGAGACUAUUUACCAAGUUCAAUAGGAAGGGCUCGAAGCGCGUGACAAGGAGAUGUCGAUUGGCGUUCCCGCGGCAGGACGAGCUCUGGCACGUGAGGAGGAAGGGCCGGGUUUUCUCCGACUCCCCGUUGAACAAGGAUUUCAUAUCGAAAUGCGAUGAAAAGACUCGCGCGAGUCCUCCGCGCGCCGUUGUGGGCACAGAUACACGCAACAAAGAGGACCGUAACCUCUUGACGGCCGUGGAGCCGCAGGAUGACUCUGGCAAUAGCUACAAGAACCUGCAAAUCGACAUGUUCGACUUCGAGGACGAAGGACACUGCUCCGAGAAUGACGACGACUCGUUGAGCUUACAGAGCAUCGAUCGAUUCUUGCCGAGUCUCGAUCAGCGAAAGAGUUUCGACGGGACCACCGAGAUCGCCUGUCUUGCCAGCUCGUCCUUCGACAACGAGAAGGACGCGAGCGGCUACAAUGACAAUACAGAGGCAACGGAACAAUCGGUCUUAGUCGACGAGUCCUCCAUAGACACUUGUCUGGAGCAGUCGACCGAGCUAGAGGACGAGUACCUGAAGCCAGAAAAAUCUUUGCGGAAAAGAUCGUUCAAAAAAAUGCUGGUUAACGCGAGGCGAUACUUCGAGAAGAGCGCCGGCAAAGCGAAGUCCAACCGGCGACCUCAGCCGAACUCGUCAACCUUGAGCCCCGACUCGGGAUUCGGCGAACAGUCUGUAUCCGCAAUUUCUCCCAGCACCUUGCUGACCUCGUCCUUCUCUUCGGAGAAGUCGGCGAGUAACCAUUACUUCAGGUCGCCGUUGACCUUCAGGACCUUCCGCCCGCGAGACUCUCUUCCUCGCGACGGCAUCAGCAGGUGGAAGCGUCGCCUGGUGCUGAACGAGUUCUCCCACGAGAAUCUCGCGAACAAACAGGCCGAGUCUUCUCCUUAUACUCCAAACGCACAGCCGGAGACCUCAAGCUGCGAUCUCUCUCCUGCAAGUUCAAGUCUCUCGUUCAAGGACAGCAGCGUGGGUGCCUCGAGCUCGCCGAGAUCGAGAGUUCCGUCUCCGUGGCUUUCCAAGCACUCCUACAUGGCGCAGAAGAUUCCUCCCAUGAGCACCUUCCUCUCAUUGACCAGGGUAGACGAAAUAAACGAGGAGUUGGACGAGCAGCUCGACAUGAGCGAGCUGCGACCUGGACACAGCGCGUCGUUGAAUGUCUUGAACGGAUGGACAUCGUCGUCUCCGUAUCCCGUCUGCGAUGAGUCGAGGUGGAGGUCGACACCCACGCUCGCCAGUUUCGCCGAGGAAUCGUCCUGCUACCUGGACGAACCGAUCGUACGCGAGAAGCCGCGGAUCAACCAUGUUUACCUCAACGCCAAGAGAAAUGUCCCGAUUUACGGCAUGGGCUCUUUGUCCAACAUUACAUCCGGCUCGUCCUGCUUCGCCACCGUAAAACCGAGGAAUUGGCGACCCUACAUGCGGCCGAAUAGAUCGCGAUCGUCCGAGGAGAUCGACGGCGUCAAAAGGCGCAGUUCCGUGUGAAUGGCGUCCUCCCCGGCAGUACUCAGCACGCUCAGAAAGACCCGAUAAGUUGAUAGUAGCGCACGUUCCAGAGUCGCGAUUUAAUUAAACUUCACCGUUCGAACGCACCGCACCGGAGAUAGCACUAAUGCCUACUCUCGGUUAAUUAACCCGUAGACAAAUUAAUUUGCCGAGAAAGUCAUCGCGCCGGCGAGAUCGAGGCGGCGAUAAAUCGGCAAAAUUAGUGAUCGCGCGAGGGUCUCGGGAGAAUAUCGAGUAACAAUUGUAACAUUAAUUAUAUCUCAUCGCACGUGCGUAUAAAUCGCGGCGCAUGUAAUUAUUGGAUAUGUAUAUCGCCCGUUAAUGAGAGACUGCGGCGGCCGCGAUGUAAAUCGCCUCGCUAAUUUUGCCACGGAGCAAUUUCGUCGCGCGAAUACCGAUCGAGCGAGCUCUCGCCUGAGCGACCGGUACUUUUUACAGAUUAACGAUCUACGGUCACCUGCGGUUAAGGGCUGCGCUCGAAGCCUGUAAUUAAAGUCUGCGAUCGGCGUAUCUCUGCAGUAAGGUUCACGAGGAACGGUCAAGUUCAACGCACCGCACGGUAAUCAAUGCGGUGUCGGUGUCAUCAAUCGUUCCCCGCGAGUCAUUAUUUUACGCAAAAUCCGGGACGUUCUUCCCAGCUUCGGGUCAAUUCAAAGAUACCGAUUGACACUGGAAAUGAUCGAAGCUACUUCUAUCGGACACGUUUGAGCUUAUUUAGAAAGAUGUAUGUUUGAUUUUACCCUCCUCUUCUCCCUCGCUCUCUCCGGCGCGUGUAUUUGCCGAAUGGAGAAAGGAACUUUUGACGUCGUUUGCGAACAGCUCCGCUUACCCUCUCUCGCUAAACCCGACAGCUUCGCGACGGGUAGAUAACAACGCAAAAAAUCUUACUCGUUUCUCGCGAAAUGGCACACGAAGAUUUGCCCGGUUCGGUAUAUCUGUACGCUGCAACGAAGGAUUGCGCGAAUCGCAGCAAGCGGCGAUAUCACGUAGCGCUUGGAUGUACUCUGUAUUGACGAAGAUGCACUUGCCGAGUCUCUCGUAUUUCUCGCGGAAAUAUCGAACGAGAUCUCACAGUGGCGUCGAGAAGAUUUAUACUGAAGCAAUUUUACAGCCCUUGACUGGUCGAAAGCUGUCGAUAUCGUUAAGCGCAGAGCAAGCCGACGUUCCACCGAUGCGGCGAUACAUGUGCGCUUGUAAUUUUGACUACACAUAUUAAGCAGGCGUGGAACUAUCUUUUUCUUCAUCCUUCUUACCUCUCACGAUGAUCUGCUUAAUGCGUGAAUUAUAUGUGCUUUUGCAUGUGGACUGAUGUACAUAUAUAUAUAUAUAUAUAUAUAUAUACAUACAUAUAUCGCGCGAUCAUACCGCAAUCACACGUUCUCGUCUCUUUAUUAAACACGAACGUUGUUAGAUUUCAGACACAGUCGCAGCCGCAAUCGCGAGAGAGCUCCGACGCCGCCGCGCCUGCGAGUACAUCCUGUGAAUCCUGCAAAUCCUCCUACCUUAGCCGCCGUCUUCGUCGUCCCAGUCAAUCGGCCGAUGUUGGUACCAAGUGCAUAAAUAUUUCCCUAAGCCCAAAUCGUUUCGUAGUUGAACGUUCCGAACGCGUCGGACUGCCGCGGCGGAUCGCAAUGUUUGACGUGCAAACGUUCCGCUCGCUGCCGAGUGAGAAUUUACUUGUCUCGCGUACCGUGAACUGAAUUACGCGUCUCGAGCCGUUUUCAUAAAAAUUCUACUAUCUUUCAGUAAAUAUUUCGACUCGGUGGCUAACCGUUGAUGAAAACUCGAACUUUCCGCUCUCUUCCGCGCGGGAAAAUAUUUAUCGUUUUCACUCUUCUGCUCCUUGCUGCUCGAGACAAAUAACGGUAUAUCUCUCGAUUCGACGAGCCGAAACUGCUAAUGAUGAUCCAAACUUUCGCCAAACUCUCUCUUACACACACACACACACACACACACACACACACACAUAGAUACACAGAGAAACGAUGAACGUUUGCGCAUAUAACGAUUUUCUUUGCCGAUGUUUAUAAACAGGAUAUCGCAUUGCAAACUCAAUACGAGCAACGUAUUGGCGACAACAUUGCCGACGAAAAUGGAAAUGUUGCCUACUUGCAACGCGACGGGACGCGAACGCCACACCACACCAUGCGAUUCUACGCUACUCGACGAAAUCGGCGCAAAUUUAUGCGCGGCGGUCUGAUAUCAGGCGAUUUGCAUGAAAUUCACGUGCUCAGGCACUUAGUACGGCAGCAGCCGACAACAAUGAUCGUUCGGUUAUAGACGAGUAUAUAUGUACGGGGAGCAAGGACGAGACAGAGAGAGAGAGAGAGAGA